ACGGCGCACCACGCGCUCAGUGAAGCGAACGCAGAUGAAGGAUGUCAGGAAGGCGAGGGGCAAAGGGGCAAUCCGCGGCUGUGCCCCUGCCGCGCGCCCGUGCCACGCUUCCUAGAAUCCUCCUGUAGCUCAAUCCACUCGCACGGAGGAGCAACGCGGACCGGCGGACGCGGAGCAAUGGCGCUCGCCGCCCCUUCUUCCCUCCGCCGCCUCCCGACCACGCCACCGCAUGUGCUGUCUCCGCCCUGUGCCUACCGCCUCCGCUCGCGCCCUCUGCGGGAGCCCCGUCUCUGCCGGAGACUCGUCGCCGCGGCGGCGGCCGCCACGGCUCCACUCGCUUCGUCGCCCACCACCGCGGACACGGAGCGGAGGAAGCACGAGCUGCUGCGCGCGGUUCAGGAAACGCGGCGCGGAUUCGCGGCGGGGCCCGACCAACGCGCUGCCAUCGAGGAGGCCGUCGUGGCCGUGGAGGAGCGUGGUGCGGGGAAGGGGACGCCGCUAGAUCUCGCGGCGCUCGAUGGCACCUGGAGGCUGUGUUACACAUCGGCGUCAGACGUGCUUGUGCUGUUCGAGGCGGCCGAGAGGCUUCCACCCCUGCAGGUGGGGCAAAUAUAUCAGAAAUUUGAGUGCAAAGAUCGAUCAGAUGGUGGAACUGUGCGGAAUGUUGUAAGGUGGAGCAUCGAGAACUUGCUGGAGGAGCAAGAAGGUGCAACACUGAUGGUCUCUGCGAAGUUUGUUGUCCUGUCUAAACGCAAUAUCUUUCUUCAAUUUGAGGAGGUCGCUGUUGAAAAUAUCAAGAUUAGUGAGCAACUGCAGGCAUUAAUAGCUCCUGCUAUACUUCCUCGGUCAUUUUUGAGCCUUCAGAUAUUGCAGUUCCUUAAAACCUUUCGAGCUCAAGUUCCUGUUGGUGGUCCUGAAAGACGAUCACCUGGAGGACUAUAUUAUCUUUCUUACCUUGAUCGUGAUAUGCUCCUGGGUCGUUCAGUUGGUGGUGGGGGAGUAUUUGUUUUCACAAAAGCACAACCUCUUACGUAAAGGUUUUCUGAUAACCAAGAGUAUAUCAUCUGAUGGCUUGGCAGCUCUCCUUGAGCUUUGCAAUCUACAUUUUUUUGUGACAUGCAAAUAUGUGACCAUCACCUCAUUUUAGUUUUUAAAGAGAUUGCCAUGAUCUAUUUUGAGUUUUAAGAGAUUAUGUGCAACAUGUUUUCUUUUACACACCAGUUGUGUUGAAUAUGUAGCUGGCUAGUUGCUGUGGAUAUAUAAAGCUUCCUGGAUAGUUCUAUUUCAUUUGAGUGUUGUACGGAUACUAGAACUGUACCUACUUAUUUCUAAUUUUCUGGAAUUAGUAAUUUGACAUUACGAUCAGCAAAACUAAUGUGCAGAUGUACUCCAGUUUUCUAUUCUAUUUGAUGACAUUGACCUU